CUUUUCCGCAAUUAGCUACAUCAUUCUGUCGCAUUAACACUAGAGAAUCCACAAAGACAAGACUCACUUCACUUCCAUCUCUGCCUUUGAAUCUCCGAUGCCGUCAACGACUAGGUGGUGGCCGAUCCGCUUGGCUUCAUCUGGAUCCGAGCCGGGAUGGUUUUCAGGAGUUGGUUACGGACGGUGGCGCUGGCUGAGCUGGAGUCGACCGGAGCUGAGUUUCUUGUCCGUGAUGGUGGACGACGUUGUGUGGAAAGUAGUGGUGGCGUUCGAGUCUGUGGCUUUGGUCUCGAUGCUUGGUUUCUUCUUCCUCUUCUACGGCUGCACCGUCUGAAUUUUGAAUUUGACUUAGGAUUUUGUUUUUAUUUAUUGCCGUAGAGUUUUGGGAUUUCGUUUUUGCUUAAUUUUAUCUUCCAAUUGGUCUGUUUCCACCGUACGCUAGUGGUAAAGCAACGGCGGAGAUACUGAUGCUGUUGUUCAAGGAUGCGCGUGAUGCUCACUCGUGACUCGCCGUAGUUUGUUUUAGUUUUGAUUUCUCUUUCUGAAUGAUCAUAUCAUGUCAAUGUUUGCCCAAAAAAAGAAUGAUCAUAUCAUGUUAUGUUUGCUCAAAAAAAGAAUGAUCAUAUCAUGUU